AAGCCCCGUUCACUGCACAAACACCUGUUGUGUAGAUCAGCGCUCAAACUGGUUUCACUUGUCAGGAAGUGAAACUCAGACAGUCGUUGUCACUGAGAGGUGAAAUGGCGCAGAAAGGAGUUCAACUGGACCGGGAAGCUAAUUCUUGUUCCAUCUGUCUGGAUCUACUGAAGGAUCCGGUGACUAUUCCCUGUGAACACAGCUUCUGCAUGAACUGUAUUAAAACCUUCUGGGAUGAGGAAGACCAGAGACAUGUCCACAGCUGCCCUCAGUGCAGACAGACGUUCAUACCGAGACCUGACCUGGUGAAAAACAUCAUGUUAGCAGCUUUAGUGGAGGAGCUGAAGGAGACUGGACUCCAAGCUGCUGCUGCUGAUCACUGCUAUGCUGGAGCUGAAGAUGUGGCCUGUGAUUUCUGCACUGGGAGGAAACUGAAAGCCCUCAAGACCUGUUUAGAUUGUCCAGCCUCUCACUCCUCUUACUGUGAGAAACACCUGCAGCCUCACUAUGAAUCGGCUACGUUUGAGCAACACAAGCUGGCGGAGGCCUCCAAGAAGCUCCAGGACAACAUCUGCUCUGGUCACAGUAAAGUGAGGGAGGUGUUCUGCCGCACUGAUCAGCAGUGUAUCUGUUAUCUCUGCGCCAUGGAUGAACAUAAAGGCCACGACACAGUCUCAGCUGCAGCAGAAAGGACUGAGAGGCAGAGAGAGCUCGAGGGGGGUCGACAACAAAUCCAGCAGAGAAUCCAGGACAGAGAGAAAGAUGUGAAGGUGCUUCAGCAGGAGGUGGAGGCCAUCAGUCGCUCUGCUGAUAAAGCAGUGGAGCACAGUGAGAAGAUCUUCACUGAGCUGAUCCGUCUCCUGGAGAAAAGCCGCUCUGAUGUGAAGCAGCAGAUCAGAUCCCAGCAGGAAACUGAAGUGAGUCGAGUCAAAGAGCUUCAGCAGAAGCUGGAGCAGGAGAUCACUGAGCUGAAGAGGAAAGACGCUGGUCUGGAGCAGCUCUCACACACAGAGGAUCCCACCCAGUUUCUACUCAACUACCCCUCAGUGUCAGCACUCAGUCAGUCUACACACUCAUCCAGCAUCAACAUCCGUCCUCUGAGAUACUUUGAGGAUGUGACAGCAGCUGUGUCAGAGGUCAGAGAGAAACUUAAGGAGGCUCUGAGUGAGACAUGGACAAAUGUCUUAAUGAAACUGGCUGAAGUGGAUGUUUUACUGUCACCAGCAGAGCCCAAGACCAGAGAUGGAUUUUUAAAAUAUUCACAUGAAAUCACACUGGAUCCAAACACAGCAAACACAUAUCUGUUAUUAUCUGAGGGAAACAGAAAAGCAACAUUAAUGAGUAAACAACAGUCUUAUCCUAGUCACCCAGACAGAUUCACUGGAUGGUGUCAGGUCCUGAGUAGAGAAACUCUGACUGGACGUUGUUACUGGGAGGUGGAGUGGACAGGGAGAAGAGUUGGAGUAGCAGUUGCAUACAAGGAUAUCAGCAGAACAGGGGGCUCGAAGGAAUGUGGAUUUGGAUGUAAGGGGGCAUUAAAUUGUUAUCAAAACUGUUAUUAUUUUUGGUACAACAGCAUCCAAACUCCCAUCUCAGGUCCUCAGUCCUCCAGACUUGGAGUGUACCUGGAUCACACAGCAGGUAUUCUGUCCUUCUACAGCGUCUCUGAAACCAUGACUCUCCUCCACAGAGUCCAGACCACAUUCACUCAGCCUCUCUAUGCUGGACUCUGGUGUUAUAAUGUUGGAGACUCAGCUGAGUUCAUUAAACUCAAAUAGACAGAAGUGAGUUCAGAUGCAGUUUGUUAAAAUCUUUAUUUUAAAGCUGAAACUUCUUAGUUUUCCAUGUUUGUUGCUUGGAGCCUAAACUGACAUCUGUCCAGAUGAAAAUGUAAACUUCUCUGUGCUCUAAAUGUUGGAGGAAUAUUUGCAUUGAUGUGUUUGUGUGUUGUUGUGUCUUUUUUGUCAAACUUUGCU